AUGCGAACACAACAACCGUCCUGCUGCUGGCGAGGUCAAUUGCAGCCACGAGUACUACAGUACAGCGUCCGUCCUAGGUCGACCAGGUUGACAUCAUGAAUUGAUGCCAGCACUUAUGUCCUUCCCCUCUGAGGACAGUGGCUGAGCUAGAUCGCCAUUCGAUUUACUGGUACCCUGGACUCGAAUUGAUCUGACCCGGUCUGCAAGCUCACGGAAAAGCCAGCAUGAGAGGAGAUCAUCUCAACGCAGCUCCGAGGUACUGGCGGGAACAGCACCAUGACUCCAUCAGCGACUCCCGGAGAGGCAGGCGCAAGAUUGAAUUGGGGCUCUUUGCCGGGCAGUGGGAUCGUCGAUACAGAUCCAUGAGUCUCGAGGAUCCUUCGGGUGAUUGGACGAUAAGCUGUCAAGGGACAAAUAUUUACAAAUGUAUUCGACUCCUCCCGAGCACAGGGUCCCAUCUGUGUAGCUCUUUAGUCACAGUGCUGCCGAAAAGGAUUUGGAGGCUUGCGUCUGAUCACGCCCGGGCCGAGAUGGUCCCUGCUCUGGCCCGUGAAAAUGGGCUGCACUCCCGAGAUGAACUACAAAAUGCCGCAAACAUGGCCAAUGCAGGUGUCUUUGAUGUUCGUCUGGAAAUUAGUGACAAUUUCCACAGUGUUCGGGACACGCCUUGCACUGAAGAACACUGCCGAAGAAACAUGUUUCAUACGCUGGGGGGGGGGGGGGAGACUCGUCUCAUCUCGUUUUACUGGAAGUGACCUCGUCAAGACCGCUGUAUGGCUGUAGGCCGUCUUGUGUCGACCGUCUUGGGAAAUUUCACACACAAGUCAUCUAUCAUCUGUCAAGGCCAUCAUCUAGAAUGAGGCAUGUACUAUCUAGGAGGACAUCAUGACCGGCAUAAGGAAGUAGCAUUUAUGUUAGUGCUCGAUACGAACAAGCGAGAAAAAUCGCACAACGAGGCGCAAACUGCCUAGAUUUCUGUUUCCAGUCUGACGGAAAGCGUGAAACACUGACCGCCAUCUCAUCCUCCUCUUCCAUCAUGGUGUG